UCCACAUGGUGUUUAUCCUGAAACAACAUUUUUUUUCCAAAUAAUUUAAAUUUUAAAUUGACUUAAUUAUCAUCGUUAUUAUCGAUCAUUCAGAAUGAAAAAUAAAACUAGUAACGCAUUGUUUGUCGUGAAUUUUGUUCAAAAAGUUUCAGCACCACAAACCCAUUCAAAACGUUUGGCAUUGUUACGAAAAAUGAUGCAAAAUUGUCCAAAUGAUUUGACAAUGAUUGAAUGGAUGCAAUUAUGGAAAGGAUUCUAUUAUAUUGUUUGGUAUGAAGAAAUGCGUAAAGGUGGUGAAGAAUUGAUUAUUGAAAUGGGAUCAACCGAUAAUGGAUCAUUUCUUAUGUCAGGAUUUAAAGCAUUGACUGAAUCAUGGAAUGGUAUCGAUGCUUUUCGAAUCGAUAAAUAUAUGUUUUUAAUUCGUAUCAUGUUACGUAAUUGUUUACGAAAACAGAUCAAUGCUAUAGGUAAUGGAGAAAAAUUGUUUGAAAAUGAAAUUUUUAUGAAUGAUUAUCGCAAAAAUAUUGCCAAUAAUGUUAAAAGAAAUGAUGAUGAUGACAAUGAAAAUGAAUUCGAUUCAUUUUCGAAACUUAAAUGCGAUGUUAUUGAUUAUAUUGUUUCGAUUACAUCAAAAUCCAUUGGUCUAUUUCUUCAUAUUUGUGAUAUUUAUCUGGAUGAAUUAAAAUUGAUUAUCGAUGAUGUCGAAAAAAUCACCGACACUGAUCGACCAAAUAUUUAUUAUGAAUUAAUUUUACCAUUUGUUAAAUGGUUAGCUAUGAUUAAUGAUCAUCGUCAAUUACAAUCAAUGGUUGAAAAUAUUUUUAAUCGUUUAGCCAACGAAAUUUUAUUAAAUGAAUCAUUUGUAACAAGAAAAAUAAUAAUGAAAAGAUUAUAUGAAACAAUUUUGAAUUUAGGUGGUUCUUCGGAAUAUUCCUGUACAAGUGUUCAUCAUUAUCGUGUUAAAAUUUUGGAUGAUUACAAACAAAAAUUGGAUGAAUUGGAUGGCAAAACGAAAAACAAAACCAAACGUAAAGUAAUUGGAUUAUGUAGAAGAACGAAAAGAGCCAGAUAUGAAAUGAUAACCAAAACUCCGUUUGUUCGUUCAAUAAUUCCAUUACCUUUGAUGUAAAUGAUCACCAAAUCACUAAUGUAUUCGAGAUAAUUCUUCAACAAUUUUAAUAAUAUCAUCUACAUUCGCUUUACGGUUCUGGC